AUGGCUGAGAUAUUACCUAUUGGGGCAUUAGGGCUUAUUAUUUGGAAUAAAGAAAAAUCUACGAAGUCCAAAUCCGAAAAUAGUUCUGAUCGAAGUAAAAUUUCAGCGAUGAUAAGCGUAAAAUUAACUGGAAAAAGACAAAGAAGCAGUGAUGAUGUAGGUUUAUUUGGCUCGCAAGAAAUGGAAUACUACUGGAAAAAGCUUGAAAAGCUCUCCCAAAGUGGACCUGAGGUAAAAGAGCCCGAGUAG